CAACCUCCUCGCCCUGGAUGUGGUGUGUGGUGGUAGAUGAUGGUAAAGAGGAUGGAGCUCGCAGGAGAACUCUUAAGGAGGUGCAGCGAGUGCAGAGGAGGGCGGGUGGAUGAGCUGUAGCACUGCGCUUUUACUGGUUUCUCUGGUCGGACACUGGUGGAGGCUUCUCCGUCACAAUUCUGGAUGUUUUUUUGGUGGCAGUUGAUGUUACUCCAAACUUUCCAUUGACUCUUGAAAAAAGAAGUUGAUCCUGAUUUGUAAGACUCACGCUGGAGGCCAUGUCCGGCAGCCCAGAGAACAUCCCGCUGGGAGAGUGCACUCUCUCUGAGUCCAAGGACCAGCUGUCACCGCCGAGCCGCACCGAGAGCACCGUGUUCAGCCUCUCACGCAGCGAGUCCCUCUGGACCACCGAGACGGCGGAGAGUAAAUGCGAGGUCUUCUGGUUCCCCAUACACCUCAUGUCCACCGGGGGAAGCUUCCUGGCAUGCGGCCUCAUCAUCAGUGGCCUCUACUUUGCCGGCCACUGCAAGAAGGUCACCAACAUCCUGGGACCGGCUCUGCUGUCCAUCGGUCUGAUGGUUUUCGUGUUGGGCGUGGUCCUGAUCCCCAUCACCAAGGAGAACAGGAAGAGGUCGAACAUGAAGAGGCCUCUGAGCUACUACAGGCCGCCCAAGUUCAAUCUGUGACCACAGAACUUUGUGUCGGGGAGUGAUUCCGACUUCAGGAUCUGCGAUGAAUUGAAAUGUAACUUUUCCGUGGUGAUGGUGACACGUGUUUUUGUUUUAAAAUUUUGCUCUGGAAUCAUCUGUUGUCCAAGUAAGCCUUGGCAUUUUUAGAAACUGACUCUGUUGGCAGAGUUUUAUGGCGCGUUCCAGUUGUGUUUUUGGAAGUUGGAAUUUCCAACUCAGAAAGUCAGAGCAACCUCACCGAACCCAACAUGUGAUUCCAAAAUGGCUGCCACUCAUACCAACACUACUACUUUUAUUGUUAUUUCCACUUUUAUCUUAUCUGUUUCACAUUAAGUCGCUCUUGUUAAUGGCUGGUAUUACGAACUGUGGCUAGCCCGAGAUACGUUUGUGUCCAUGUUUUUUUCCGACACAAUCGACUCAGAGCUGACGUCACUCCCAGUCCAGACCUCCGACUUCCGAAGUAUAUGGAACACAGCGUUAGUGAGAAUGCUGGCGUUAUUCACUACUUUCUGUAACUAAGCAACUUAUGAAGCACAAGCCCAUUGAACCUGAAUGGUUAACGGUGUUGAAAAAUCCUGGGUUUAGAUAAAAAGGCCAAUUUUAGUCAGACUAAGACAGUAAUUUGGUUUUCUUAAUGUCAUGUAAACAUGUUAGACUAAACGACUAAAAUCGAGCCAGUCUUCGUCGGACUAACAUACCUGAAUAAUGUGAUUCAUAGUCCGAUUACUCUUGCAUAGUCGGACUGGAGUCGGACUUGGCUUUCUGCACAUGCACCUAAAUGUCCUCCCUGGUCUUUGACCGGGAAGUAGAACGAGACGACGUAUAAACCAUGGCAGUGGCGGCGUCUUUCUUCGGACAACACGGCAACGAUCUAAUUUGUAUCACGAUAAACACGAACAGCAGGUACGAAACAUACAGAACCACAGCAUGGUCCAUCUCGCCGUCCACUGUUUGUUUUUCUGUGAUUUUUCUGUAAACUGAUUCAAUACCCACUAGCUUAUAGAGAGAUACAGCGCCACCUACGGAGGCGGAGUCAGACGUACACAGCCAAUAUAUCCAACUUCUACUUCACAUGUAUACUCGGACUAGCUUGUGCAUGAAAACAUACUGAGUAGUGACACAAACCUACCACACGAGGCAGCGGUGCACCAGCAGCUCCUUUGUCCCUGUGACUUGAAAACUAAAAAGAUUUUUCUCAAUGAGAUUUGGUGUGGGAGAGUGAGCCUAUACGCUUCCAGCCGGAGUGAGUGUAGCAGUGAGAUAAAGCAGCAUACGUCUACGUGCACACGUAUCGCCACUGGCAGCCAUUUUGUUACUCUAGUGUUUGAUUUCGUGCACUCGGCUGCAUGCGCUUGGAGGAAAAACUUGCAUGGGUUAUAUAUACAGUAUAUGCCUGUUCUACGGUGGCCCUAAGGUGCAAAUCACCAUCACAAAAAGGAAAACACAGCAAACUAAACCCAACUGCAAACAUGACAAAAGCAGAAAACAAUGACAAAAGUAGAAAACACAAUGAUAAAAGCAGGAAACACAAUGAUAAAAGCAGGAAACACAAUGAUAAAAGCAGGAAACAGGGCCACCGUACUGUUCUCAAUCAUGCCGCACGGCCACAUAUCAAUUCAGACUUUAAACUCUGAAUUAAAAAUCUGAUUUUUAAUUCACACACACUGAGACGUGAAUGUAGCCUUUUUUUAUUCCUCUGAUUCUCUGAACUGUGCAUGACAACAUUUCAACAUAAGAAAACAAGCGAAAAAGAGACUACAAAUAUUCCCACGCUCGUACAGAAUUUAGCGACGAGGACACCACAGAGCAAAACUGUCCUUAUUAAUAUUAACGAGAGAAAAGUGGACAAGAGGGAUUUCCUCGUUGCUGUUUGCUGCAGCAUGAGCCAAUUCAUGAAUAAUUAAAGGUGGUGAGAGCUUUUCAUCGUCAAUUCCCGCUUUAGUUUGCAUCCACUGAGUUUCUUUCCCCCGCGAACAGAAUCACCACAGAGGAGACUCUGGGAAAUUUUAAUCUAUAUGUCCACAAACAUGGAAAAGAGACACUGAAAAAUUUGACUGCUGUGACCUGAAAGUGCAUUUUCAUGGCAUUUAAAUACGACGUGGUAGGAGAUUUGCAGUCAAAACCUUCGUCACUGGGCCUCCACUGUAGUGCACCUUAAAUAUUGAUGUGUUUUAUGACGAGACUUCGGCCCGUCACAAGGCAAAUUGUGAUUAAAGCAGCUUAAAAUCAAUAUUUGCAUAUUAAGAAAAGCUUUGUCGCCUGUGUGAGAAAGGUGUGGCUCAGAAACGUACAAACAGUCCUCAUCCACCUCUGAAUAAAACUGUCUCACUGGAUUCUGACUUUUUAAGAAGUUUCCAUUUUUCCAUAGCUACAAAUUCAUUAUUAACAAGAUUAUUUUAACACCAACCAAUUUGUUCAAAACUGAACAAUUAAAGUCAAAAUGGGAUGUUUAAAAUUUGAAGGGGAAAAAUAACAAAUACAAUGCCAAAGGGUUUUAAAAUUCACAAUCUGAAUACACUGUAAAAAAAGAAAAUGGUAGAAUUUUUUUUUUUUAAAUGACUUACAUUUAUGACACGUAAAUGCACGAAGUUCCUUUAAACUAAAGUUAGCAAAUUAAAGUUGUCUUCAUAUAUCUUGGUCAAUUGAAUGUGUAUUAACUUAAUUCAUUAAAGUUUUACCAAUUUUAGGGAUUCAUUUUUAUUUUGUCAACAAUUCAAAACUUUUUUUGUUGUUUUUUUUACUUAAAAUCAACUUUGUGUUGUUUUUGUCCUCCACCUUAAUUAAAGAUAUUUUUCUCAAGAGAAAAUGGUAUUAUUAAAAUGACAAAGCAACUGUUUACUAACUUAAAGGAUGUCCUCUGCUUGUUUUUGUUUGUUGCUCCCUAGUGGCCAAAAGCAUGAGUUAUCAUUUUGAAAUGGUUGAAUGUAAACUACAAACAAACAAAUGUAAUGGCGCAUUUUCACUGGCUCUACUAACCUCGCCUCGCCUCGCCACGGUUCAAGUAGCGUUUCCACUAGCAUAGUACCUGGUACCAGGUACUAUUUUUAGUAUCUGCUCUGGCAAGGUUCCAAGCGUGCUUAAGCAGGUACUAUGCGCUGAUUGGUCAGACUGCCGGCCGCUGACUGGCCAAAGUCCCGUCACAGGAAGAGACGCCCCACACAGAAAUCAAGUUGAACACCGCCGAACUGUAGAUCACUUAAAACUACUUAACAAUGCUAACAACGUGGGUUAAUCUCCAACAACUACCAGGGAAACCUCUAUAUUUAACAGGAGUCUUUUAAAGUGGAGUGGUUUAUUUAGGGACAGCGCCGCUGAUCGCGAGCCACAGACCUCUGCCACUGUAGUCUGUGGAGUAGGAGGCUGUACCCAGGAGACGUGUGGACAGAAAUCAAGCCGAACAGUGCCGAAUUGUAUUAAAACUAUUAAAACUUGUUAAAACUACUUAACAAUCCUAAAAACGUGGGUUAAUCUCCUACAACUACAGAAGUGUGGUGUAAAGUCACUAGUCACUCGUGUGUGUGGGUGUGUGUGGCGAGGCGAGUAGAGCCCGUGGAAAUGCACUAAGUGUACUUAUAAAUAACAUGUACAAGUGCAGUUUUUAAUAAGAUGGUAUCUUGAAAACUAAAGUUUCUACAUCAUCAUAUGAACAAAUGAAAAAUACUGUCAAAGGUUAUUUAUGAAACAAUGUGUGAGAGCAUGAACUUGACUGCCCUUUAAAACCUUCAUGUUAUGUGUUUUUUUUUUUGUUUGUUUUUUAAUACAAAUUGAAUAAAUAUGUGAUUACG